GACCAGCUGCUCCUGAAUCCCAGGACAACCAGCUGGAUUUCUGCUCAGAGCAGCCACAGCAGAGACUGGGAAACAUGGUUCCAACACAGUGGAAAUCCCAGCUUUGUCUCCUGCUGCUGGGGCUCUUGGGAAUGACGAUCUUGGUCCAUGCCCCACCUCCUGGUAUAACCCCAGCUCAGUGGUUUGUAAUUCAGCACAUUAAUAUGACCAGCGAUGUAUGCAACAUCGCAAUGCGGGCAAUUAACUUCUAUAAUCGUCCUCCAAGGAUAUGCAAAAAUGAAAAUACUUUUCUCAACACAACUACAUUAGCUGUUGUAACUAAUCUUUGUCAUACUCCUAAUAUAACCUGUUUCAGGCAAGGCCGUAAUUGUCAUAGGAGCCCAGCUGCAGUGAAUGUUACCUACUGCAACUCCACAGGACAGGCUCAAUCUUACUUGCAGUGCCAAUACCAGCAAUAUUUCGUGCUGAAGAACUACAGCAUUGCCUGUGACAAUACAAAUGUUCCGGUCCACUUCGAUAGACUCUACUAA